CGUCAUCAGGAAGCAGGAAGAGGAGCAGCUGUUGCUAAAGGUGUCCAGCAUGGCGGGCAAACGGGCUCUGAAAGCCGUGCUCAUCGACCUGAGUGGAACAUUACAUAUAGAAGACACAGCAGUGCCCGGGGCGCAGGAUGCCCUGAAGAGGUUACGGCAGGCAUCUGUAGCUGUGAAGUUUGUGACCAAUACAACAAAGGAGAGUAAGAGGAUCUUACUGGAACGACUGCAGCGGCUCAACUUUGACCUCCAGGAAAAAGAGAUCUUCACUUCACUGAGUGCAGCCAGGAGUUUGUUAGAGAAGCAGCAACACAGGCCGCUGCUGCUGGUGGAGGACAGCGCACUGGAAGACUUCACUGGUAUCUCCACGUCGGAGCCAAACGCGGUCGUCAUCGGACUUGCUCCCGAUCACUUCAACUAUGAAGCACUCAACAAGGCUUUCAGAAUGAUCCUGGAUGGAGCUCCUCUCAUCGCCAUCCAUAAGGCUCGGUACUACAAACGGAAGAAUGGUUUGGCCCUGGGCCCCGGGCCCUUCGUGACAGGACUAGAGUACGCUACAGACUGUAAAGCUACUGUGGUGGGAAAGCCGGAAAAGACUUUCUUCACACAGGCUCUGUCUGAUUUGGGAUGUAGCCCCAAUGAAGCUGUCAUGAUAGGAGAUGAUGCCAGAGAUGAUGUGGGUGGUGCUCAGAACGCAGGGAUGUUGGGGAUCCUGGUCAGAACUGGUAAAUACAGAGAAGGAGACGAGAAGAAAAUUAACCCUCCUCCCCACCUGACAUGUGACAGUUUCGCAGAAGCUGUUGAACACAUCUUGAAGAAUCUGCUAUGAGAUGUCACAGUCCAGCUGCCAGUUUUCAAUGUUAGAAAAUUAUUGGUGUUGUAACAGAGGAGGGAAGGAAAUCAUUCAAUUGUUCCCCUCAACUUGAUUAAGGAAAUAUCAACAUCCUGUUAAUCUGAUUAAUUAUGCAAAAAAUUGAAAUGAUAAAUUAAAAGAAAAAUGUCAAUUUGAGUGUGGGAUGACUUUUUCAAGUCAGAAUGCUUAAAAAGUAAAAGGAAAACAUGCAUUUUCCGGCACCUGUUACCACUUUAAAAAAUGUGAUGUUAUUGUAUGGUAAUGUAUAUGAGAUUAAAUAAAUGAAUUAAAAAAAAAACAAAACAAAAAAAAA